CAGUAUCGCGCGAACCAUGGGAGGGGAGAGGUGAUGCCGUGCCGCCCGCUCACUGUGUUUGGAGACCAUUUCUGUUGUGCCCUUUUGUUUUUUAUGAAUGUAACGCUUUAAGUAACAAACAUGGGAAGUGCUGACAGUAAGUGCAUUGGGGAGCGGGGAGGGGACCAGCAGCCAGUGAGGAAUAAUGGCGUGUACUGUACAGGAGGAGGUGGUGGUGGUGGAGCAGCGCUGACAAAGGACAAGUUACCUAUGCCGGACACUGAUGAGCUGGAACGUCCGCUUCAACCAAAGUCCUGGCAUCCAUGGACUUGCCGCCGGACAAAGCCAAACUGCUCAAACAGUACGACGACGUAAAGAAGUGGGACAUGAUUUGCGACCAGGAGCGGGUGAGUGCCAAGGACCCGCCCUCGCAUUACCUCAACAAACUCAAGACAUACCUCGACCCCAAGGCUUCCAGGUCCAGCAGAAAACGGAAAAUGGUUGGCGAUUCGACAUCGACACAGGUUUUAAGGGACCUUGAAAUAUCCUUGAGAACGAAUCACAUAGAGUGGGUGAGGGAGUUCUUGAGCGAAGAGAACCGAGGACUUGAUGUGCUGGUGGACUACCUCACCUUCAGACUCAUGAUGCUCAGACAUGAGCAGAGGCUAAGGGAGAGUAUGGAGGAAGAAGAUGACAUGAGGAAUCUCAAUGGGCAGCUCAAGACAUCAGUGGAGAGGGACUCCCCAAGGAUGAAGAGAGCAUCACGCCAUGUCCAGAAGUUGAACAUGGGAGACUCCAAGGAUGAUAUUCAUGUGUGCAUUAUGUGCAUGAGAGCCAUCAUGAAUAACAAGUAUGGGUUCAACCUGGUGUUUGAGCAUCGAGAGGCCAUAAGCUGUAUUGCUCUCAGCUUGAACCACAGAAGUUUACGGACAAAGGCACUAGUGUUGGAGCUGCUGGCUGCAAUCUGCCUUGUGAAGGGAGGUCAUGAGAUCAUCCUCAAUGCCUUCAACAAUUUCAAGGAUGUGUGCUCCGAGACCCAACGCUUCCAGACCCUCAUGGCAUAUUUCAUGAACUACGAGUGUUUCCAUAUUGAAUUUAUGGUAGCAUGCAUGCAGUUUGUCAACAUUGUGGUGCACAGUGUUGAUGACAUGAACUUCCGAGUCCACCUCCAGUACGAAUUUACUCAACUUGGUAUUGAUGACUUCCUGGAAAAACUGAGGCAUCAUGAAAGCGAGGAGCUACAGAUUCAAAUUUCAGCAUAUCUUGACAAUGUGUUUGAUGUGGCAGCCUUGAUGGAAGACAGUGAAACCAAAACAGCAGCCUUGGAGAGAGUAGCUGAGCUGGAAGAUGAACUUGCACUUAUGGCAGAGAAAAUAUCAGAGAUGGAGGCAGAGUCCCUGGCCAAGAUGGUGGAGCUGGAAGGCGAGCUGGUAGAACUAAGGAAACAAAAAGAGGAUCUGGAAAACAUGAACUCUAAGGUUCAGGAAGAGGUGUCGACCUUGCGCCGGGAAGUGAGCCAAAAAAGUGAAGAAUCCCGUCAGAGACAAUCACUCCUCGAAAAACAAAUUCAAGAAUUAGAAAAUCUUGCCAAUUCGUCUUCUGCUCAAGCAAGUGUGAUAUCUGGGAAAGAAAGUACUGGAGGUGCCCCUCCCCCACCUCCCCCUCCACUCCCUGGCAUGGCUCCUCAUCCUCCUACACCAUGUGCCCCUCCCCCACCUCCUCCACCCUUGAUGGGAUCUGGCCCACCUGCCCCACCAAAAUUACCUGUUGGCAUGGGUGGUUUCCAUGCUCCCCCCGCGCCAGGGUCUUUGGCUGCCCCACCAGACUCCAUGACGAUAAAAAAGAAAGUCAACACAAAGUACAAGUUGCCAACAUUGAACUGGGUUGCCCUCAAGCCCAACCAAGUCCGAGGAACAGUCUUCAACGAACUUGAUGAUGAGAAGCUCUUCAAUGUUAUUGACUUCCUGGAGUUUGAGGAACACUUCAAGAUUGGACUUGGAGGUGGUGCUGGAAAAGCCAAUGGUGAUAUGUCAGAGGUUGACUCUCUUCAUGCGUUUGGCAGUAAACGGAUCAAGAAGUUGGAGUUGACCUCCCUCAUGGAACACACUCGCUUGAGAAAUAUUGCCAUCUCUAGAAGAAAACUGGACCUUCCAUUUGAUAUGGUUAGUCGAGCGGUGAACUCCUUAGACUUGAAAACCUUGAACCUGGAUAGUGUAGAGCUGAUGCAGAGGAUUGUGCCCACAGAUGUAGAGAUCAAGGCCUACCGUGAAUAUGAACGAGAACGCAAGCCAAUCAACCAACUUACUGAGGAGGACCAGUUCAUGCUUAACCUCAGUAAAAUUGACAGACUGUCCACCAAGCUUCAGAUCAUGAGUUUUAUUGCAAACUUCCACGACAACAUUCAUAUGGUGACACCACAAAUCCAUGCCAUUAUCACAGCUUCAAGAUCUGUCAAAAAUAGUGCCAAAUUAAGGAAAUUACUUGAAAUCAUACUUGCUUUUGGUAAUUACAUGAACAGCAGCAAGAGAGGUCCUGCAUAUGGGUUCAAGUUGUCAAGUUUGGACACGCUUUGUGACACCAAAUCUGCAGACAAAAAGAUGAGUCUGCUCCACUACAUCCAAGACACUGUUCGCAUGAAGUUCCAUGAUCUCAAUAAUUUUGAUGCAGAACUGAGAUUUAUUGAAAAGGCUGCCCAGGUAUCCCUUGAGAACAUCAUGACUGAUGUGAAUGAGCUAGAGAAGGGAAUGGAGCAAGCUAAGAAAGAGAAUGACCGUCACCGGGAUAUGAGGAGUGCUGAAGGACAGGCAGCCCUGGCAGUGCUGAGGGACUUCCUCAGCAACUCAGAGGACAAGCUGCGCAAGAUGCGAGCAGAAGCCAAGACUGCCCAGACUGCCUUUGCAGAGGUGUUAGAGUACUAUGGGGAGAGCUCAAGGAGCAUGGCCCCCAACACCUUCUUUGCUAUAUUUGUCCGGUUCACCAAAGCUUAUAAGACGGUGGAGCAGGAGAAUGAGCAGAGGCGGCGUCUGGAGGCUGCAAGUCGACAGGCAGCACUCAACCAACAGUUGGCUCAGCAGCAGAAGCAGCAACAGGAGCAGCAACAAGUGGCUCGCAAUAACAAAAUUAAUGUGCGCAAGCAGCAGGCAUAUGGAGGCGAGGAGGCCAUCAUGAGUGAGAUGAAGGCACGAGGGGUGGUCGCUGACAAACGUUUGCUGUCCCAGGAAGAUGUGUAUCAUGGGGCACUUGAGGAUAUUCUUAGUGGCCUUAAGAAUGAACCAUAUCGCCGAGCUGAUGCAGUGAGGAGGAGUCAGCGGAAAAGAAAUGAGAAUGUUCGAUUAUCUCGAACGUUGGACGACAUGGAAUUUUAGAGGGUUUGUUGUGAUUCGUGUACAGUGAAAAUUUUUAUGUGCAUCUUGCUGUUUAGAUGAUUAGUCUGUUGUCAUCAUUUAUACAGCAGUCUGGUGUCCAAAUCCUGUAGUAAUGGAAUUGGGUAGUGGCUAGUGAUAUGUCUUUCCAUUUGGAUGUGCAAAAAUGCUGAAUGAUGAGAACAGUGAGUGUUUCUCUCUCUCUCUCUCUCUCUCUCUCUCUCUCUCUCUCUCUCUCUCUCUCUCUCUCUCUCUCUCUCUCUCUCUCUCUCUCUCUCUCUCUCUCUCUCUCUCUCUCUCUCUCAUGUGUGUUACAAACAUUGUUUUCAAUCUUUUAUUCAUUUUCUUAGACUUUGGUUAAAAUUUUCUGGCAUGUUGAAAAAAAGUGGAAUAUUGUGUAAAGUUUACAUGUUGAAUAUUCAGUAUGUGUAAUUUUACCAAAGUUUUUAAUCAUUAUAUAUUUAGUGCUAAUUAUAUAUCUAUUUAUUGAAAGCACAAAAUUUGAACCUUUUGUUGUUAAGUAAAUCAGUGUAACAUUAAGCAUAUGGCCAGUAAUCAAUGUAAUUAAAUAUCCUUUCCUGAUCUGCAGGGAAGUUUUGAGUUGGAAAUUAAUAUUUUGACUGUUGUCAUCUUCAAGAAAAUCAUGCUAUUUUUCUUUGAGUUAAGGAAAUUGGCUCCAAUUAGUGUAUAAAUUAUUGAAUAAUGAUCACGUUUUUAUACUGAGUUAUAUAUCAACACGUGUUUCCUUAUUAUUUUCUGUGUGAAUGAACAUUGGUCUCCUCAGUGGCAGGCCGGGUGAUUGUGAUGCAGAAAGAACAUUUCUUUGUAUGUAUAUGUGUAUAUAUUUAUAUGUAGAAUAUUGAAUAGAUACACCAAAAAUAUAGAUCUGACAAACUAUUUUAUAUACAUAUAAGUAAACAUAUUUAUUUGUGUAACCCAUGACUUUGCAAUCAGGAGUUUGCAGAAACCCACUUACUUCAUUCUUAAACAGAACUGUUUACAUUUUUUGUUUCUUUUCUUUUGAAACUAAAAGCACAUUUUCUGUUGCUUAUCAAAAGAGAAGGAGCAUUUUAUUUGAUGGGUUCCUCUGGAUUACUCAGCUGAAAUUUGUAAUAGUUGCUCUAGGAAGCAGUAAGUUCUUGCUGUUCCUCAGAUGAAAGUUAUGAUUAUUUCUAAGGAAUACAGCAAUUUUCUGCUGUUCUUUAUUGAAUUCCUUAAUUAUAUUUUCAUUAUAUUUUUGUAGACUUCCAGUAGGUAACUUCAACAGUAUGUACACAGAGUUGCAGUUUAUCUAUAGAACCUGCAGGGAUACACACCAACUCACGUUUACUCAGACAAGUGGUAGUUCGUGUAUCAAUGUUUUGUUUUACCAUGGUACAUUAAUGACAUUUUUGGAAGACUUGCCCUUUCCUAUGCCUGUAAGAAAGCAUGCAAGGUAGAACAAGAACAAACAUUGCUUACUUCUUCCUUCUCACUGGAAAUAUUAAAAGGUAAGAUCUCUAGCUCUCCAACCUUUUCUGUUUCAGUUGCCACUACAACAUGCAAAGAAACUGAAAUGUAUUUUAGAUUUUAUUUUUUCUUAUGAUAAGCAUACUUUCAUGACAUACCAAAUUCAAAUGAAUUUUUUUCUGUUUACUUCUGGCAUAAUUUCCUUAAUUU